ACGCGGUUUGACGUGGCAGAGACCGCGUCGACACACCUCCAAAGGACUCCAACACGAAUCCAAAACAACCAAACCUCUCUCGCUUUUCUCUCCUCUUUUCAAUUCUUCCAUUUUUAGGGUUUCCGAUUUCGAAUUCCGAUUUCGAUCAACCAUGGCGGGCAACGGGGAGAGCAAUGUCCAGGAGGAAUCGAGCCCUCUUCUGAGCCAGCAAUUCCAGGAGCCUGAGAAGCCGGCCAAGGCCGCGCCGGCGGCACAGACCGACGAGAAGUCUCCCGUUCAGAUGGGCCAGGUCAACGGCGGCGGUAAUGGAUGCGGGUGGACCGCCGAUGGGCUGCCGUUGACUCACGGCAGCGUGGUGGCCGGUGAGCCCAUGGGCCGGAGCCAGUGGGACUCGGACCUUCUCGCCUGUCUUGGCCGCAACGAUGAGUUCUGUAGCAGCGAUCUUGAAGUUUGCCUUCUUGGAAGUGUGGCUCCUUGUGUGUUGUAUGGAACCAAUGCCGAGAGACUUUCUUCUUCUACGGGGAGCUCGUUUGCAUCUCACUGUUUGACUUACUCUGGUCUAUAUUUAAUUGGAAAUGCCUUCUUUGGUUGGAACUGCCUGGCACCAUGGUUUGCAGCUCGUAACCGUACUGCUAUGCGCCACAAGUUCAACCUCCAGGGUGGCUGUGAAGCAUUUCAAAGCUCAUGUGGGUGCUGCGGAUCAAUGGGAGAUGAGGAUCAGGAACAGUGUGAGGCCUUCUGUGAUGUUGGGACUCAUUUGUUCUGCCAUUCAUGUGCCCUUUGCCAGGAAGGUCGCGAGGUCCGUCGCAGGUUGCCUCAUCCCGGUUUUAAUGCUCAACCCGUUCUGGUUAUGAUUCCUCCUGGAGAGCAAGGCAUGUGCCGAGAAGCUUGAGAGUGCCUUCCCAGGCAUGAGACUCCCCACUGUAUAUCCAAGUGUGCUUCAAAAUCUAGAACUAUGUUAACAGUGCAUCCAGUUCUCUGAACUGCAUCUUUCUACUUGGUUUUUCUCAAUCAAGUAUAAAUAACAUGAAGAUGAAACCAUAGACGUUUGUGUGGUGUGCUAUAUUUACAUGUAGUAUUUAAUAUCUGUGAAAUGUUAUUGAAAGUGGAGAACCUCAGUCGGCUGCCUGGCUGUGAAUUUGUUUACUCAACAAAUACUUAUUUUCCCAUUGUCCCUUUCAAGAAUUAUAUCUUAGUAUUGUUACAUUAAAUAAUCA